AUGGGGUCUUCUAUCACUACGUUGCCUUCCCCAGCUAUCUCGCCUAAGCGAACUGCCCUUCGCCCAACGCGGCCAUCGAUAUUCAAGCGCCGAGUAUCUAAAGCCUGCGAAGAAUGUCGACGACGCAAAGCAAAAUGUGACGGUCGCACUCUCUGUACACCAUGUACAGAAAGGGGCUUGUACUGCUGCUUUUACCGUGAAAAGGCCCGCGAUCGGACGAAUCCACGAAGCAGAACCGUUGACUCCCUCGAAACAGGGAUACAAUAUCGUGAUUCGUCCUCGGUGCCUACCAAGCCUCCAGACAUGAUUGAACAUACAUCUUCACAAUCACCCAGCCGAAUUUAUCAGAUCCAUUAUGGCGCAUCAUCAAAUAUCUCGUUUCUCAAUCACCUCUAUCGCUCUUUCGAGUCUCUUUUGGGUGGAAAUAGACCCAUCCGCCUACUCAAUGACUUCUCCAAGACUUUAGGUCAGGUCGGGGCUGAGAAUAUUGAGAGCACUAUGGCACUGAAGACUUGCAACAAGCCAGUGUUACUGGGAGAUGAGUUAUCCCUCUCGUUAGCUAUAGAAAUUUUGGAACACUUCCUCGCACUGCACCAAGUCUUGAUCCCUGUUCUGUGUCCACAGGCUCUACGAAAUGAUCUAUGCGCGUUUUACGACCCAGGGUCAAGCUACACAUUGAGCAAUUUCCGACGAAGAACAUUGCUACUCGUUCUGGCCACUGCCUCUCUGACCACCAAGCACCAUAAAGUGGUGGAUGGGCUCAUUUCUCAAUAUUACAAUUUGACCGGACCUUCUGAUGAUAACUUAACGAUGCAAUCGAUAGAAGGACACGCAUGUUACUACACGGAGAAAGGACUUUAUAGCAAUGCAUAUCUAACGUUAGGUUCGGCGACCAGGAAGGUAUUUUCUGUGGGUCUGCACAGGGAUCCGCCGCAAGGGUCAAGGCCAGACUUGGAGAUGGAGCAACAAAGGAAGCUCGUUUGGAUCCUUUACAAUCUCGAAAGUUGGCUUUGUGUUCAUCUAGGGCGUCCGAGCUCUUUCACUGGUGUCCAAAUCGCCAUUCCCUCGCCAAAUGAUGCUUUUCUUCUAGCCCGAGUCAAGCUUUCCGAGCUCAUGAACAAAUGUUCUAAGGAGAUCUACAUUCCAAGCAGAGGCUCUUUGCUGUCGAUGUGGAGAGCUGCAGAGUCGCUGAUAUGUGAGCUGCAUGAUUACGAAGACAACAUAAUUGCUACUCUUGGUUUUGGCCUUCAUCAUCGCUCGCAACUUGGUGAGCUGGAUGUUCAACAAACCAUUUUGACCACCUUGUAUUUACAUACCAUCACUCUUGUCUUUCGACCAUUCGCCAUUUUCAGUGGAAAGCUGAAGGCCCAGCGAGUCUGUUCUGAAUCUAGUGAUGCCGGUACUUGUGCCAGUCAGCCUUGGCUAGAUGAAGUGUGCGAAUACGCGCUCAAUGCCACCAAGCGGCUCAUUGAUUAUCUUUCACUUGCAAUGUCUUCCAACCAGAUUAUCAAGAACAUGCGAUAUACUCACGUCUUUUUGGAGAACUGCUGCGCCCUUCUCAGUUACGAUAUUUUGCAUAAUCAUCGGAAAGUGCCAACGAACGUUCCUUUCAUUACCAAAAGCCUUGCCUGCCUAUCACAAAUGAGACCUGGAGACUCUAUUCAGCAGACAAUCACAGCCUUUCAGGACCUUCUCGUAAGCAUCGAUCCGGAUGGCGCAUGGUGUGAUUCAGACUCGAAUGAUUGGGUCUCCGUCAACGCCUGUAAUGGAAGGAUCGCAGAUCGGGCAUCUCCCAUUAUUCAUGACCCAUCCACCUGGCAUCAUACGGAUGAGAGCAUCGAAGUAUUGAAUGACGCUGUACGUCGCGUUAUCUCUUGA